UUUCCACCAAAGUACACCUCGUGCGGCACCGUCGACGAUGGAGCGGACGGCCGAGUUCACGCGGAUCACGCAGCUGUUCUCGGACGCGCCGAUCAUCAUGGCCAAGCACCGACCGCUGUCGAAGUUUGCGCGUGUGGCCCAGCAAAUCUCUGACGCGAUCUCACAGACCGAAUCGCUCUUGAAGGAGCUGUCCAACCUAGUCACGAAAAAACACAUCACGGUCGAAGACGACCCGACCAAACAGAUCUCAGACAUCGUAGAUAUUGUCAAGCAAUCGAUUCCACCGAUGCUAAAGGACAUUGAAAUCUUCGAGGGUGCCGUGGCCGGCGAAAAUCAGCAGCAAAAGCACUUUUACAUUGUCUGCAGCUCGCUCAAGAUGCGCAUGUCCAACUGCGGCAAGGCUCUCCAGGAAGGCAUGCAGAAUCGCGCCACCGUCAUCAAGAAGCAAAGCGAGCGUCGCACCAAGUUCGGCUUUACUGGGCAGGCUCCAAGUGUUCAAAUUUCGACGCCACUGACCAUACGCAACAAACUCCAAACGGCGGCGGUCCCUGCCGUGCCUCCUGCACCAACGCCAGUCCUGCCAAAUCACAACCAGCCACUUCACCACCCCGAACAAUCUCCACACCCAUCGGGGGCCACGGCUCCGCUCCAAUCCGACGCCCCAGGAGAUGGAAUACUCCGUCGACGCCCGUUCAUGAACUCCACGGCAGCCACUGCAUCCUUUGCGCAACAGCAACACCAGCAGACGCUCAUGCGGCACCGGACCGCGCAAAGUCGGUUGAACGAUGCACAAAACAUGGAAGCCACGAUCAUCGAGGUUGGUGCAAUUCGGUCACACACGUCCACAAGACACAUGCAUCGCCAAUAGAUUGGGGGCAUGUACAGCCGGAUGACAGGAUUGCUAGCGAGCCAGGUGAGGCCGUCCCUUCUUCCAUGGACUGCCAUCAUUUUAGUCGUUUGGUGUGUCGUAGGAGGAAACUCUGGGCCGCAUUGAAGACGACAUGACAACAGCGUACGUAGUCAGCUCCGUCCCAGUUGUGCAAGGACUUGAUGUCGGGUGUUUUCUUGUAGGCACGUCAACGUCCAGAGCGGAUACGUAAGCUAGCCAUCUCUCUCGAUCCACCGCCAUUCGACGGCAUCCUGAUGAUGGCACUCGUGUGUAGGACGAGCUGAUGAAGUACUUUUCAACCGUGAGUUCGAAUCGGUCGCUUAUCGUCAAGAUCUUCGUCGUCCUCUUGGUCUUCACCUAUCUCUUUCUCGUGGUGUUGUAACCUAAAUACGGUCGUUCAUCA